AUGAAUGGCCAACGAAGAAAAAUUCGAACCUUUCUCUGCCUCGUUGUAGUUUUACUUCUUGUUUUAGCCAAUUUCCACACCUCGCUUCUCGCCCCAUUAUCUCACGCACGGCAGUUGUUAGGAAUAAGAGCGAUUGAAAUUUUAACACGAACUGCAGCAGGGAAUCGUACAUUAGGCUUCCACUCGAUCAAGUUCAUUAACAUUCCCACUCGUUUCGAUCGCCUCGAUGCUGUCAGACUACAGGCCUACCUUUCCGGGCUUGACGUAACAGAGCAACCUGCUGUCCUCCCAAGCGAGAUUAAUUCAGUCGGUAUGCCUCCGUCCAGUAACCCGCAGGAUCUGAAGCCAGGGGAGAAAGGUUGCUGGAGGGCACAUGCAAAUAUAUGGUCUGAAAUAGUUGAGAAAAAGCUUCCACCUACUCUAAUCAUCGAAUCGGAUGCGGCCUGGGAUAUUGACGUUCGACGCAUAAUGGCGCUUCUUAAUGAGCAAUUCACUGGGCUUCUCCAUCAGCUCGGCUCGAAACCCAUAUACACGCAUGGUGUUGAAGAUAAUAUGGUGGAGACGGAUGACAAAAAAGGCCAUCAGAACGUCCAGGUAGAAAGCGUUCUCAGGGAAAAUCCAGACGAUCCAUGGCACUCUGACCACUGGGAUAUCCUCUCCCUGGGCAAUUGUUUCGAUCAGCAAAAGUCCCCAACAUCCUACCUCAAGUAUAAGGACCCGUACGUUCCGGAGGGCAAGGAUUAUUUUGGACAGAAACUCGGGAAAGAGCGCGUCGUCCAUCAGUCCGGCGGAUUCGUCUGCACAACUGCUUACGCUAUCACCCAGCGAGGGGCCGCCAAGCUACUCUUACGGACAGCGUUUGAUUUCAAUGUGCAAGUGGACUUGAUUAUAAAGGACAUGAUCGCCGACGGAGAGCUCGUGGCCUAUACCACGAUCCCAACCGUCAUGGCACAGUGGCACUACGUGGAUGGCUUGGGCAUGGAGGAUCGUGGCGCCAACAGCGACAUCCAAGGGACCAAAGGCGAGCCCAGCACUAACAAUGGAAAUGAAGGGUGGGGAUUACCAAUGGGUGCUGAGGUAGACAUGUCCGGAUGGGAGAAGGCCAAGAAGGCAAAGAGCGUUUGGAUGGUAAAACCAUCCCAUCCAGAUACCGCUUUUAGCAGGAUGGCGCUUGAAGUUGCGUGGGACAUCAUCUUUAGCGAAGAGAAGAACAUUGAGCACAGAUUUCCAUAG